AUGGCUACAAGUAAAUGUCCCGAAUGUAAAAGAGUAAUUGGAGGAAGUAAUUUUGUUUCAGCUACUGGUAAUACAAGAAUUGACACAGCAAAUCGAAACGCAUUUGAACCAAAUGAUCAGAAAGGUUAUAUUUCUGAACGUAUUGACAAGGAUAUUAGUUACACUACAAGAAAAAUGCCUCCGGUUGCAUAUAGAAUACUUCAUUUAAUUGUUCAUACUAUUAUUGGUUCUCAAGCUCCUUCUCAAGCUGUUACCGCAUUAAUUCAACAACAUAAUAAGAAUUAUACUAAUGCAGUAGAUUAUUGUAUGGAACAUAUCAAAAAUGAUUGGGAAGUUUUAAAGAGAAUUCUUAAUUGUUCUGAUGAAAAUUUAGCUUUAACAUUUCACUCAAUUAUAAUGGCCCUUACUAAUAAUCCGCCAACUUAUAAUUCAAAACUUGAUACUCCUGAUGACAGAGAUCAAUGGGAAACAAAUUUUACUCAGAUAUACGUACUUCCAUUUACUCGUAAUAUAAAUGAAUCAUCUGCUCAAUUUCGUGCUCAAAUAGAACAAAAUAUGAAAAAAGAUGAUGUUAAAAAAUCUUUAUUAGAGGAACAGAUCAAUCAAACUAAUUCAAUGGAUGAAAAAUAUUGUAAUGAAAAUUUACCUUCUUUAUGGAGAAUAAUUUGUAAAAUUGAUUUUAAUAGUUUUAGAGCUUAUUAUAUUUCUGAACCAAAAAAUAUUAGAAAAUAUCCUUUCCUCAACAUUUUCUUUAAAUAUUUCGAAGAUUUACCCUUAAUUAAAUAUCUUUACCCUAUGGUUAAAUUCAUUCAAAUGUUAAAUAAUAAAUUAGGUUAUAAAUUAUUAAGAGAAGAUGCUAAAAAAACAACCUUUAGAAUGUUUAUCGAAAGUGAAGGUGAUAAAGAGGCUUACGAUGCACUUGGUAAAUCUUUUAACGAAUUUCAAGUAGCUUAUAAUUUUAUGAUUAACAAAGUUAAAAGAUAUCAAUGUCAUGAUUUACCUAGAAUUAAACCACAAAUUACUGACAAAUUUAGUAUUAUAUAUGGAUUAAUAGAAGGGAAAGAUGAAGGAAUUUAUCUUUGUGCUAUACUAGAAUAUUUAAUUAAUAUUCAAAAUACUUUCUUGGGAAAAAUAAUGUCAAUACCACCUGAAUCCUGUGAUUCUCUUGGAUUCUUACAAUCUCCUUCUUGGGACGAUACCACUUCUACAAUUGAUGAUACUCCUUACUUUAUUAGAACUAUGAGGGUUGAUCAUGCAAUUGAAGAUAAUUUUAUUAUUUAUGAAUGGAAUGAUGAAAUUCUUCAAUAUUCUCAAAGAAAUUUAGGUAUAGGAAAAGGCCAAGAUAUUAUUUAUGAUUUACAACGUAUUGAAAGUGAAUUGGCCAAUAUUUUAGUUCAAAAUAAAGUUCAUUUUGAAGUUGGUAAUGAACAAUUAGUAUUAGAACCUUUCCCUUAUCAUUUAGAAUUAUUCUCAUCUUCUAUGCGUAUACUUGGUGAUAUUAAAUCGGUAAUUCCUCAAGAGCCAAUUCCUUCUGAUAAAUUAUCACUUAUAAUCGGUCAAAACGCUAUUACCUCUUAUAUGUCACUUUCAACAUUUUCUUCAACCUUAGCUUCAAAGAAUAAUAAUUCUUCUGAAUUACUUUCUUUAUUAGAAAUUUUACUUUGUUUCAUAAAAAGAACAUCAGUUGGUAAUGGAGAAUUAAGUUUAAUUGAAUUUAUAAAUCAAUGGGUUCAAUUAUCUUCAUUAACAGAAGAUUCAAGAUUCGAAACUAUUUUAUCUUUUAAUCUUCAAUUAAAACAUAUUGUAUCACUUUAUGAAAUUAUUGAAGAACAAGUAGCCGAUAUUAUGAUUCAAUUCGUUGAUAAGAAAUAUAAAAAACCUUUAAAUGAAGAAAUGGAAGAAGAGAUUGAUAAUGCUAUUGAUUAUGAAAAUAGAAAUAAAGAAAAAAUUCCUGUAGAUUCAUUCAUAAUUGCCAUGAAAAGAUUUAUUCAAAGAGUAUUACAAAUUGAAAAUUAUGAAAAUUAUAAAGAAUAUCAUAAACUCUAUGAUUAUUUUACUGAUAUGUCUCUUAAUCUUUGGAAUAAUAAUGUAAUAAAAGAAAUUUUAGAUGCUAAAUUUCCUAAUACUCUUUUGGUAACCAAUUCUUUUACUGCUUAUGAAUACGUUACGCAGAAAAAAGAGACAUUCAAAUCUAAACAAUUAUACUCGAGUGAAAUGAAUACCAAUUCAAUUUCAAUAGAUACACAAAUGAUCGCACCUUCAGAUGCUACAUUCUUAAGUCUAACUAGUCCAACUCAACCUACUAGAACGAGAAAUAAAGGAAAGAAAGUUAUCGGUAAAUUUGAUGUUAUGUAAUUUUUAUU